UCACGUGGUCCCCGGAGAGCCAGUCAGCCUAUAGGACUGGGUUCUCACAUCGCCAACGGCUCCGCCUCCUCCCGGGCCCUGAAACUGUCGAGUGAGGGGAACGGAGAGGCCCUGACACCGGUUGUCGGUGGUGGACUCAGUAAGGCUGGCUUUACACGAUACAACCAUUUUCAGGAUCCUCCUGCGACUGCUGACGAUCUGAUUACAACUAAUUGUCUAGAAGUCAUCUUGGUCCAAGUGUAAUGCCUCGCAAACCAUCCACCUGACUUUGGUAGAUAACUAGUUUACCUUCUUAUAUUGGUUUUGUGGAACAAGAAAUUGACACUAUGGCCAGCAAAAGAAAGUCUACCACCCCUUGUAUGAUACCCAUCAAGACCUUAGCGGUGGAGGGUAACACUGAUAUAUCCGAAGAAAUCUCCAAAGAUGAACCCCAGGAAAUAUUACCAGAUGCAGAUCUUAUGGACGGUGAAACUGAUAUUCUAGCGAAUGGGCAUGAAAACGUUGACGGCAUGAGCUAUUUCUGCAAAUACUGCAACUACGGCUCUAAUGAGACCAGUCCAUUUGUUGAACACAUGAAUACUAAGCACCUUGACUUUAGAGAAGAUCCCUCAUAUGUUUGUAUCGCAUGCAGCUUUCUAGUAAAAGACCCUGAGGAACUAGAAUCUCACAACUCUGAUAGUCAUUUGGGGAACUCUGAUCUCUCCUGGACUGUGGCCAAGCACGAGAAUUACACUGUGGUGGAGCAAAGUAUUGGUCCCACUAACACCACUCAAGAUGUGGUUGUAGAGAGGCAUGCUGAUGAUUACUCCGAAUUAUCAAUUACUAAAACGCCCAUCAUGAAGAUUAUGAAAAACAAGCAAGAGAAGAGAUUACUCAACCACGUAGGUGACGAGUUUGAGAAAAAAAGCCGCACAACCCUUAGAAACGGCUCAGUUUCCACAAGUGGCGUCAACAACCUUGUCAAUUCUACCAUCUUGAAUGGAUCCAUAAUAGGAACUGUUCCUGUACUGCAACCCGGGGUGACUCAGCUAGUAUCCUUGAACUCUCCCCAAACUGUGAUCCAGCCCAAACUUUCCACAACUAUUAUUACACCAGUUUUACCCAAGCAAUCCUCUGUCCAGAAAAGUCAACAACUUCCCACUGCGAAAUCCCUCCCGAAAGUAAUGAUUCCUCUGAGUAGCAUUCCAACAUACAAUUCAUCCAUGGACUCCAACUGUUUCCUGAAGAACUCUUUUAAUAAAUUCCCUUACCCUACAAAGGCCGAGCUUUGCUAUCUAACCGUAGUGACGAAAUACCCCGAAGAGCAGAUCAAAAUCUGGUUCACAGCACAAAGACUUAAACAGGGCAUUAGUUGGUCACCUGAGGAGAUUGAAGACUCGAGAAAGAAAAUGUUUAAUACUGUAAUCCAGUCCAUUCCCCAGCCUGUGCCGCAGCCGACUAUAACUGUUUUGAAUGCACCACUCGUAGCAAAUGCAACUAAUGUUCAUCAGCUCAUCCAGGCCGCUCUUCCAGGCCAGAUUGUCAGUCAGCCACAAGGGGCAGGGGGUCUGCUUGUUACUCAGCCCAUUCUAACCAAUGGCAUUCAAGGAACUACUUCAGUGCCCAUCACCACAUCCUCCGUAGCCUCUGAUGAGGCCAGUACAGGAUCCUUAUCUGGGCUAGAUUUUGAUUAUCAUACAAUCUCGCCUGGUAUGCCGUCACCAAAUGCGUACGAUCCCAGUUCACGGUGCAAAAAGUCCCGACAGCAGCUCGGCGCGCUCAAAGGCAGCUUUUGCAAAAGCCAGUUUCCUUCACAUAGUGAAGUUGCGAGACUGACGAGAAUUACCGGCUUGGCAACCAGAGAUGUUAGGAAAUGGUUUAGCGACAAAAGGUAUCAUUUCCGCAACAAGCCAGCCUCUUAUGGGAUAGGAGCAAGUGACCAUGACCCCACCUCUGACAUGAUGUAUGCCAUGUUAAAAGACGCAGAUACAGAUUUUGCACUCCCAGCAAGUCACACGCCAUCUCAUACGCCAAGGAGACAGUCGUGGCAUCAGUCGCCAGACUUCACAGUCACAAGAUACAAGGAGAGGGCACCGGAGCAGCUGAGAGCUUUGGAAAGUAGUUUUGCACAAAAUAAUGAACCUUCUGACGAGGAGGUGAACAGGCUACGGACUGAGACUAAAAUGACAAGGCGUGAAAUAGACACCUGGUUCUCAGAAAAACGCAAGAAGGUAGCUGAAGAACUCAAGAGAAAGCAAGCUCGGUAUGAAGAGGAGGAGGAUGUUUCUGCUGAAGAGAUGGAGGUCUCUGAUAAAGUUUUUGAUGACUCUGUGUCAUCUCUAGUAGAUUCCUCGGUGUCGGAGAGGAAAGUAAACCCAAUAAAAAUCAAUUUGAAAGCUCUUCGUGUGACUGAAUCGGGGGACAACCUUGAGAGCUCAAAAGAUUAUACCGUACCUAGUAAUGGCAGUAGUAGGCCGUCAACGCCACAAAGAUAUAGACCGUCUACUAAGAAAACUGCCAAGCAGCGAGAUUCCUUAAAGCAGAUGUUUGUUAGAACCCAGUGGCCGUCGACUGACGAGUACGAUAUCUUGGUGGAGCACACAGGGCUGACCCGAUCAGAAAUUGUGCGCUGGUUUGGGGACGCCAGGUACUCCUACAAGAAUGGCAACCUAAAGUGGUAUGACAACUAUAAGAAAGUUUUUGCAAACAAUAAGCCUAUGUACGUAAAGCCACUUUUGGAUUACUACAGGAAGUGGCAUGCAUUGAACGAGGAACAUCUUGAAGAUUUGUGUGAGAAGACCAGCAUGACUGCGGAGGAGAUAAGGUCUUGGAUUGCACUAAAAUUAGAAGAGGACAUGCAGCCUCCAUUGGAGGAGGCUGGUGAGGAGCCACAGUCUGUCUGUGAAGAGACACCCGAGGUGCAGAUAAAAAUGCAGGAGGGCUGGUUAGAGCCAUCUGAAAACAGCGAGUCUUGGGAGCCUGCAUCUCAGGAGAUGCCUGCCGACUUGGUGUCAUCUCAGCCGUCGGUUGUCCAGCUAGAAGCUGACUGAACAAAAGGAAACCCCUCCGUUAACCAAGGGGAACAUGAUCUCCAGCCAACUCCACAGGGAUUCACUUGGCUAUGAAAUGUAUGCAUUGUGCCCCCCCAUAAGACACGAUGAGCACAAUGCCAAUGCAUAGGAAAUAAAGGGACCCUAAUGCCAGGAGCCAAACUCUGUCCAUUGUACAUACCAUAAUCCAGACUGUGCAUCCUUCAUUCUGUUUCAGGCUUUGUGCUGCCCUAUAGUGCUUUGUAUUUUUAUAUGCCCUGUUCAGUUCAUUGGUUUGUGUAUUGGUACAGAUGCUUAUUUAUAUUACAGAAUAAUAUAACCAUUUAGUAUUCUUGAAAUGAUUUAAUACAGAACUUUCUAGCGAGAAGCUUGUUUGGACUAACUGGUUGUAAAUAAAGUUUUGUUUCUCUC